AUGACAAAGGACCACGCUGAGCCAAAGUAUCUGGAAAUUCUUCGAAGGAUCAAGAACUCCAUUCUUCCUGCAAGAGACGAGGUUCUGGAGUUGGUAGGGGAGGUCAGGAAGAUACUCGAACAGGAACCUAAUGUUCUGCACAUAGAUACGCCGGUUAACGUUGUCGGAGAUGUGCAUGGCCACUUCUAUGAUGUACUGAACAUGCUGGACCUGAUGGAGGAUCCGUCAGAAAAGCCAUACCUAUUCCUUGGAGACUAUGUCGACAGGGGAUACAACUCUGUUGACCUUGUUCUUCUCCUGUUUGUAUACAAGAGACUCUAUAGAGACAGGGUGCAUCUCCUAAGGGGAAAUCACGAAACACGCAUGCUUUCCUCGGUUUACGGCUUCAAGGAAGAGUGCAUGCGUAAGUACGACCUUGUAGUGUACUGGAGGAUUUGCGAGACCUUUCAGUAUCUUCCGAUUGCCGCCGUGGUUCUGGAAAAGUACUUCUGUGUGCAUGGCGGGAUGGUGCCAGGGAUGUCUCUGGACUUCAUAAUGAAACAUGACAGGAUAGGAGAGAUUACCGAGCUAAACGAUGUCUUGUGGAGCGAUCCAGAUGAGACUCCCGGGUUUCAAAAAAGCCAAAGAGGUGCCGGGUAUUUAUUUGGAGAAGAUGUCUUGAAAAGCUUUCUUGAUGAACAUGGUCUAUCUCAUUUUGUUCGAUCUCACCAGCUGGUUAAUGACGGCUACAAAGCAUACUUUGACGAGAAGUUGUACACUGUGUGGGGAGCCCCGAACUACUGCUAUUCUUCUGGUAAUAUUGCCUGUGUUAUGGCUAUUGACGAGGAUGGUCAUGAUUUUAGACUGUUUGAUAGAUGUGAAGAGCAGUUCAAAGAAGCUCCAGUAAGGCAUAGCUUCUUCGACUAG